UUUCGAAAACAAGUGAAAACAAGCCCAUUUUCUCUCGCUGUCAUUAAAAUAAAACAAAGCAAAACAAAAAAGCGAAGCUAACUAAACAGUCAGGUUUGUCAGUGCCAUGUCAGUAUUGUCACAUCCAUAAUUAACGACUUGUCGGAGUUCUAAGUAAUAUAUAUGACGAGCAAAUAGGAUYUUUUGACGACAAAUAUWCACAUACAGUAUCGUCCAGMCAGCUGAGACGCUCUAGCUUAAAACAAUCAUGUGAAGCGAUCCAGAUGAGUUCAACACAAAAUAAGGUUUAAGUGUAAYGAAGCAAUGAAUAGUGCUUGACAAAGAUUGCACCGUCAUGGACCACAACGGUAGUCUGUACAACAAAACUGAUGAUGAAGAAGAAGUACCACUUGGUUUUGAUGCCAUAGUAGAUACACUACCCAUCAUUCUUGCAAUACUCAUCAUUAUCACCAAUGGUGUAGUCUUCGUGCUGUUUGGYAAGAACCACCGUCUGAGGAACAUCACCAAYACGUUUUUGGUAAGCUUGGCGAUUUCCGACCUUCUGACGGGCAUGUUAGCUAUUCCUUUCAAUCUUGUUUGCUCRGCCACACAUGAACUGUUGUGUUAUACAACUAAGAUAUUUUGGCGGUUCACCGGCAUUUCCACAGUACUACACCUGUUAGUGGUUACUCUUGAUCGUUACGCAGCAAUUGUUCAUGCCAUACGAUACCGCACUAUCGUUACAAGAACAAGAGCCUGCAUUGCCAUCAUCACUGUAUGGAGUUUAGCAGGCAUAGCUGCUCUUGUCCAACUAUCCUGGCCAACCACCGAAGAAGCUGAGCAAAGAAAGAUGAGUGAGGACGAAAUGCAAGAUAUUCAUACAACAAUUGGCGUCUAUCAGUCUGUAACCAUUGGAGUGUUUUUUGCCUUGCCGCUAUUUGUCAUGAUUUUCUGUUACAUCCGCAUAUUUUACGUUGUACGUUACCACGAGAAACAAAUCAAACGACAAAACUUGCCAUCGGAUCUGACCAUCAGGAAACAAAGCGCUUUUGAUAUUCCGGCUCAGUGGAAGUCAGCCAUUGUAUUCAUAGUGAUGACCGUUCUCUAUGUCAUUUUCUGGUUUCCAUACUUUUUCUACGAACCACUACAAGAGCUGGCCGAGUCAUCCUUACCUGCUUGGGUUGAGUACGUCUUCUUUUACUACCCGCGAUUUAUGACGUCUUUCACUAACCCGAUCAUAUACAUUGUGGGCAAACAUGAUUUCAGAAAGGCUCUGCGUCCAAGGAAAAACAAACAAAAUGGGUCCUACAUGACAUCUUUAAUCACUCGUGGUCGCUCUAGCCAGAACAUGAACUAGAAUGAAUCGUGAUGCGAUGGUGAUAGCCGAGACUGGGAAAGGAAUAAAAAAUGUCACUUUG